AUGUCGGAUGAAUUCACAGCAGACAUCAUUGGCUGCCAGGCUGCGCUGUUUGAAUGGGCCGAGAGCUACGAUACGAAAGACUGGGACCGCCUGGCCAAAUGCCUGGCCCCCACUCUCCGUGUGGACUACCGUGCUUAUAUGGGCAAAAUGUGGGACGCCCUGCCUGCUGCAGAGUUGAUUGCAAUGGCUUCCGACCCUCACUUUCUCGGGAACAACCGAAUCAAGACGCAGCAUAUGGUAGGCGGAGCGCCGAAGUGGAUCAAAAUAAGUGAAUUGGAAAUCACGGGACACCACCAGAUGCGUGUCGCGCACCAGAGGUAUGAGGAUGAUGAGCUCACAAAAGUCGUUGCCCAGGGCCACGCACAUGGAAUGGCCACAAUGCACUAUCGUCGAGUGGACGGUGAGUGGAAGUUCGCGGGGCUGGAGCCGGAUAUCAGGUGGACCGAGUUUGAGCACGACAAGAUUUUUGGAGAGUAG